AUGGCGCACGAGAGCGCGACGGGCGGGCCGGGGCCGGCGAGCUCGCCGCAGCACGCGCCCUCGCCGCCGCACGCGCCGCGGCUGCCGCCAGACACCAGCUUUCAUCAGCAGAUCAUGCAGAAUGAGAGCCCGAGAAAGAAGCAUAUUGCGGAGAGAGCGAAACAAAGCUUAGAGAAUAAUUUCCUGAUGCAACUGAAGAAGCAACAACAGCUGCAGCAGGAGAUCUUGUUGCAGCACUUCCAGCAGCAACGCCAGCAGCUUGCAGAGCAGCACGAGCAGCAGCUGAGGCAUCACUUGAAGCUGUGGGAGCAACAGAAGGCAAUGGAGGAGGCUGCACUGCGGGAGGCGAGGGAGGCGAGAGAGGCGCGGGAGGCGCGGGAGGCGCGCGAGAGGCACGAGCGCGACCGCGUCGAGCUGCUGCGAAAGAAGGACAAGCACGAGCACAGCGCCAACGCCUCCACACAGGUCAAGCAAAAGCUGCAGGAAUUCCUAAAGAAAAAACAAGCGGCAGCAAGUGCUAACGGGACAGUACCUGGUUCACCUUACAGAAAUUGGGGUAUAGUGAAAUCGUCAUCUGGGGAGUCGAUAACAUCAACUGGGGCGACUGCAACGGCACACCCGUACAGAAUAGCGGCGCCCCUCCCACUGGCCCUCAACGCCGCACCUCCUCAACCUUCUCCCGCAGACUACCCCCUCCGAAAGACCGCGUCGGAGCCCAACAUGCUGAAGGUGCGCCUCAAGGCGCGCGUCAUCGAGCGCCGCGCCUCGCCGCUGGCGCGCCGCCCCCUCAAGACCAGGGUCAAGCACCGCAACUGCGAGGGCGGGUCGCCGCGCAACUCGCCGCCGGGCGCCACGGCGCCCAUCCGCGAGGAGGAGGAGGCGUGCUCGCGCGCGCCCGAGCUGCUGUUCUCGUCGCCGUCGCUGCCCAACAUCUCGCUGGGCCGCCCGCACGCGCCCGCGCCGCGCCACCCGCACCCGCACCCGCACCCCCACCCCCACCCCCACCCGCCGCCGCCGCCACCGGUGUCGGUGUCAUUGCCGCCAGUGUCCGAGGCGGAGGCGUACUGUCCCGCGGCUGUGGUUCCGGGUUUGCCGGGUGCUGUGGGUGCUGUGGGCGCCGCAGCUGCUGUGUGUGCGGCCAGCUCGCGGCUGGUGAAGCGGCCGCUGGGCCGCACGCACUCCGCACCGCUGCCGCUGGGAGACCCCGCACUGCAGCCGCCCAGCGCUCACCACUACCUGCGCGAUCAGAUUCGGAAGACUGUGCUGACGCGCGCGCACGACGCGGCGGCGGCGCAGCUGCGCGAGGAGGAGGGCGAAGUCAUCGACCUGACGGCGCGCCGGCCGCCGCCCGUCACCAGCUCGCCGUCGGCGCCGGCCGUGGGCGCGGGCGCGGGCGCGGGUGCCGAGUGCGAGGCGGCGGGCGCGGCGCCGCUCGCGCGCGCGCUCAGCUCGCCGCUGGUGGGCGCGCGCGCCCCGCCCACCGGCCUCGCCUACGACGCGCUCAUGCUCAAACAUGGGUGCUCGUGCGGCGCGCACGCGCCCACGCACCCGGAGCACGGCGGGCGCCUGCAGUCCGUGUGGGCGCGCCUGUGCGAGACCGGCCUGGCCGCGCGCACCGAGCGCACGCGCCCGCGCAAGGCCACGCUCGACGAGCUGCAGUCGGUGCACACGGAGGCGCACGUGGCGGCGUUCGGCGGGCGCGGGCGCGAGGCGCGCGCGCUGCGGCUGGUGCGGCUGGCGUGCGGCGGGCUGGGCGUGGACGCCGACACGGCCUGGAGCGACGCGCACACGCCGCCCGCCGCGCGCCUCGCCGCCGGCGCCGUGCUCGACCUCGCGCUGCGCACCGCGCGCGGCGAGCUGCGCAACGGGUUCGCAGUGGUUCGACCACCUGGACACCAUGCGGAGCCUAACCAAGCGAUGGGCUUCUGUUUCUUCAACUCCGUAGCUAUAGCUGCUAAGAUUUUACAUACGAGGCUCGGCCUACAGAGGAUACUCAUAGUGGAUUGGGACGUGCACCACGGCAACGGCACGCAGCAGAUUUUCUACGAGGACCCGCACGUGCUGUACGUGAGCCUGCACCGGCACGACGACGGCAACUUCUUCCCGGGCACGGGCGCGGCCAGCGAGUGCGGCGCGGGCGCCGGCCUGGGCUACACCGUCAACGUGCCGUGGCCCGGCGCGCCGCCGCUCGCCGACGCCGAGUACCUGGCCGCCUUCCGCUCGCUCGUCAUGCCCAUCGCCAAGGAGUACAAGCCGGAGCUAGUGCUGGUGUCGUGCGGGUUCGACGCGGCCGCGGGCCACCCGGCGCCGCUGGGCGGCUACAGCGUGUCGCCCGCCUGCUUCGCGCACAUGACGCGCGACCUCAUGCAGCUCGCCAACGGCAAGGUGGUGCUGUCGCUGGAGGGCGGGUACGACCUGGCGGCGAUGUGCGACUGCGCGCAGGAGUGCGUGCGCGCGCUGCUAGGCGAGCGGCUCGCCGAGCCGCCGCUGCACGAGCUGGCGCGCGCGCCCGCGCCGCACGCGCUCGCCGCGCUGCAGGCCGCCAUCGCCGCGCAGGCGCCGCACUGGCCCGCGAUCAAGCGGUACAGCUCGCUGGCGGGCGUGUCGGCGCUGGAGGCGGCGCCGGCGGUGAUGGCGGCGCGGCUGGGCCGCCUGCAGAGCGAGCGCGACGCCGCCGACACCGCCGCCGCCAUGGCCUCGCUCUCCGUGCGCCCGCCGCACGCCGAGCCCGUCUGCCUCAGCAGGUCGACGGAGAGCUCCCGCUCUGGCUCGGAAGAACCCAUGGAGCAAGACGAAGGCAAGUGA